AUGGUUGUUUCACUUGGCAUGCAGAGAAGCCACUGUAACAAAGACAUGGGCAACACUCAGGUUCAGCUCUACGUGAUUCCGUCCUUCUUUCUGGUGGUACUGAUCUUGGGGCUUCCACUCAACCUGCUCUCCCUCUGGGUUUUCUUCCACCGCCUGCGGCGUUGGACCCGCAGCACGGUGUUCCUCUUCAACCAGACCCUGGCUGACACCUCGUGGCUGCUGGCCUUGCCUUACCUCAUCUACUACCAUCUGGACCAGCUAUACUGGAAACUGGGCCUGCCUGUGUGCGCGGUUGUGAGAAUGUUCUACCACAACUACUUCUACCUCAGCAUUUUCUUCGUCACCUGCAUCAGUGUGGACAGAUAUGUGGCCAUCGUGCACCCGCUGCGCUCUCUGGUGCUGCUGGGUCGGAGGCAGACCUACCUGCUAUGUUUGGCGAUCUGGGUGGGCACUCUGGUCCUCAGCAUACCUGUUGCCAGUAUGACUCUGAUCCAAACUUGCCCUGGGAGCAACCGCACAGUCUGUAGCCUGUACAUACUGCUGAGUAAGACAGGGGAGAGUCUCCCCUAUUCCCUCUUUUGCUCCAUCAUCGGCUUCCUCCUCCCGCUACUCUCCAUCUGCUACUGCGGCCUGCGCAGUGUCAGAGAGCUGCGCCACCGGUCCAGGCGCCCCGAUCCGCAUAAUAAGAGGCGGAGGGUCCGGCGGGUCCUGAGCGCAGCGCUGGUUCUCUUUGCCUUGUUUUACCUGCCCUACCACCUGAGCCGCAACGCCGCCAUAGUGAUGCGGCGUGUCUACCCCGACAAGCCCGCCUCCUGGCGUCACGCAGACCUGGCCUUCGCCCUAGAGAUGUGCUUCUGCAGCCUCAUCACCUGCGUCAACCCUCUGUUCAGCUGCUUCAUAGGCGGCCAGUUCUGGAAGGAGUUUCACGGCACUUUUGCUGUCAUGUUUUCCCUGUGUCAGGCACGCGGGUGGCUGCAAUGAUAUCUAAACGGACCCGGAUGACAGUGAGGACAAGGCAGGGGACGUGUACUGUCACACCUG